UAAAGUGACACGUCAAACAUUCAGAACUAUCUAAAAAUUUGACAUUAAAACUAAUCAGUUUUAUCAAAAUGAUGUCCAUGGAGUAUUUCUGGAAAGGUCGAAAGGAAAAAUAUAAGAUUCUAAAGCCUUUCUGCGAUAUUAUAACAGAUUAUUUAGUGCUACUUUUGGCAAUGUUAUCUGUUGCUGUUGCUGGUAUGGAGAUAACAUCUGGAAGUUUUGAAUGUGUAGCGGUUGUUGACUGUCCUCAUGUAACAAAGUCAAAUUUGAAUGUAACUUGGCUUCAAGCACACCUAAAAUUUCCCGAUGUAUGCGCAAACUUCUACCGUUCUCAAGAUUUAAACUUUGUGGCAAGAACGGAAGUCGUUACAGAUCAUAAAGUCAACAAUAUAUACAAAAGUUUUGUCAAUUCAGAAUGCAGUAAAAGCGCAAUUCCAAACUUUUUGUCAUAUUUGUGGUUCAUAUUGUUCGUCGAAGCAUUGUGGCUAUUGGUUCUUAACGAUUUCUGGUAGAAGCUUCCUUUAACUUCAUUGGUAAUUAAAACAUUUGUUGAUCUCGUGAUGGCGUGUUACGAUUCGCCAUGUUCAAAUUUUGCCGUUACACGUGCACUGUUCCAGCAAAAGUCCAAUCAAAACCAAAGCUACGUCUGCCUCGCCAUGGAAGAUAAUUCCGACUUGGCCGAUCAAACUUACAAUUUUGAUUUCCUUCCAGACACUACCUCCACAAGUGCAAUGAUGUGUUUGUAUGAAAAAGUGGAAAAAUUAAAAGUAAACAUCUCAACAUCUCAUCCCAAUAUAAAUAUUUCAAAUAUCUACACUAUCAAAAGUU